UGCUGGCGGGACCCAGCAUCCAUCCAAGGCAGCACAAUGAGCCGCUACGCCGUCGACUUGAUAGACUCUGAUUCUUGGGAUGAUCAACUCUCUGGGGUGACGAUGCUCGCCACGUUCAUCAGGCAGGGGGCAGACGUCAGGUGCCUGCUUCUUCCCUCAAAGUCCAGGAUCCAGAAACUCAUCGAUACACUGGGAUGGAGAGCUACUGCCAGCAGGGAGAUGAGGGAAGCCGCCGCGUGCAUAGUGGCGCACCUUGCCGGCGACAUCCAUCUUGCCCAGUUCCCUGGGGCGAUCCGGUGCAUAUCCACUCUGCUGGAAGAUGAAACCUUGCUGGCAUACUGGUCGAACUGCGACCAGCAGCAAGAGUUUCCCCACCUUCGCAGCGGAUCGAGAUCCACAAUGCAUACAUUGAUUCGUGUAACUGAAAAAAUCAUGCCAGAGUUUAGGCAUGUGGUACAAAAACCAACUAGUAGUGGAUGCAACGAGCUGAUCCUGCAAGGCCUGACCAUCCUGGAGAGGCUUGCCUCCGACCACCACAACUGCAUGGAUAUAUCUAGCACCCCGGGCCUCCUAUCCAAGAUCUUGGCGCCCCUCUGUUCCAGCACCUUGAUCCGAGGGAUCAACAACAGCAGUACAUGGGCUGACGUAGUAAAUGGAACCUUCAAGGUGUUGUGUAGUCUCAUCAGGUGUCCUGGCAGCACUGGUGAAAGCCUGCGUCGGGAGAUCUCUGCUAACCAACAAGCAAUCAGCAACCUGAAGAGCAUUCUUGACCGGAGCAAUGGAGCCGGCCAGGAGCUGCAGAUGCGAGCAAUGGAGAUCGUAACAGAACUGGCCUUGGAUUCAUCUACCAACACCACCGAGGAAACGAAGGAAAAUCUCAUGAACCAGCAGCUGGAGAUCUUCCUUCUUGACAAAGAAUCUGAUGCCAUAUCCGAGAAGCUCCAAACCACAGCUGGGAGAACACUGGCCCUACUGACAGCCAACACUAAACCGAACUCCUCCAGAGUCAACGACAGCUUUGGCCGUCUCACUAAAUUACUAGAUGCUAAGAACAACAUCAAAAUCAGAAUUGCAGCAGUGCAGAUCAUGGAAAAUAUGUGUGUUCACUGUGAUUUGGAUAAAGGACGUGUGAAGGAUACAUUGCUGCCACAGGUCCUUGCUGGGAUACAGUCCGACAAAAGGGGAGCACGCCAACGUGGUGAUGCAAAGCAGAAAAAUUCUUCAUCAGCAGGAGAUGAAGAGAACCAGAAUAAACUUGCACCAGGAAAUGGUGAUGAAAACCAUAACAGUUCUGAACAGGUAGACAACUCAGAGAUCCAGGACAGUCCUUCAACAACAGACCAAAACGAGUCGUCAGAUGAAGGAAAUGAUGAGCAAGCUGCAACAAAGGAACUGCAAGGGGGGCUUUUGUCACUUACUCUGGUUAUAUAUGACAAACUGAUCAGUCCAGAUGAUUUCGAAGAUGCAGUUGAAAAGAAAGGCCUAGGAAAUGGAGAAUUAUUUGUGAAGAAGCUCAAGACUAUAUUAAAAGAGAACUGUAAGGAAACAAUUACCAGUUUGAGAAUCGUGAAGCUUUGCGGUCAGAUUGCUACAUCAAUGAUGUCACGCAACAAGUACACUGAACAGUUCAAAAACCAGGGAUUCGUAGACUCACUAUCUGAGGCUAAGAAAAUUAUGUCUAACCUUGAGAGUUGCAUUCUUUUUGCUGAGACAGAUAUUCAACUGAAGAAGAUAGCCGCGCCUCUCCUCUCGGAGCUAGAGAAAGAAGUACUACUGUUGGUGGGCUAGAACUUAAUUAAUUGUGAUUGGUAUUCCAUUUAUCCUGCACAGAC